UUUUUUUUUGGUUUCUGUCACAUUCUCUCUCUCUCUCUCUCUCUCUCUCUCGUGGCCCUUACCCGACCCCCCCCCGUCCCCCAACCCUACCCUCAGUUUCUAGGAGCAUCGAUUUUCUCGUAAAUCGACGGGAAAAUGCAGCAACAGAGGCUGAAGCAGCAGCAACAGGCUUUGAUGCAGCAAGCGCUUCUUCAACAACAGUCUCUCUACCACCCUGGCCUCUUAGCUCCUCCUCAGGCAUUGCGCUUAAGGCUUCCUUGGCAUUACGCGCUGGAGAGAGAUUGCAUCACACAAAGCUCAGAGUUUAAGAUUGAGCCAAUUCCAAGUGGAAAUCUGCCUCCUGGUUUUGAUCCAAGUACUUGCCGCAGUGUAUACGUGGGAAACAUCCAUACACAAGUAACAGAACCACUUCUACAAGAAGUUUUUGCAAGUACUGGCCCCGUGGAAAACUGCAAGCUUAUUAGAAAGGAGAAGUCAUCCUAUGGUUUUAUUCACUACUUCGAUCGCAGAUCUGCUGCACUUGCUAUAUUGCAUCUGAAUGGAAGGCAUCUGUUUGGGCAGCCUAUCAAAGUUAAUUGGGCAUAUGCUAGUGGUCAGAGGGAGGAUACAUCAGGUCACUUCAACAUAUUUGUGGGUGAUCUCAGCCCUGAGGUUACAGAUGCUACAUUAUUUGCCUGCUUCUCUGUUUAUCCUAGUUGUUCAGAUGCAAGGGUUAUGUGGGAUCAGAAGACUGGGCGGUCAAGAGGAUUUGGGUUUGUUUCUUUCCGGAGCCAACAGGAUGCACAAAGUGCAAUAAAUGACUUAACGGGGAAGUGGCUUGGCAGUAGACAGAUACGUUGCAACUGGGCCACAAAAGGUGCUGGUUCCAAUGAUGACAAGCAGAGCUCAGAUGCCAAAAGUGUGGUAGAACUAACAAAUGGUUCAUCAGAAGAUGGCAAAGAGACGGCAAAUAAUGACGCUCCAGAGAAUAACCCUCAAUAUACCACUGUUUAUGUGGGCAAUAUUUCUUCAGAGGUCACUCAGCUUGAUCUCCAUCGCCACUUCCAUGGUCUUGGUGCUGGAGUUAUUGAGGAGGUCCGGGUCCAGCGAGAUAAAGGCUUUGGUUUUGUGAGAUACAGUACUCAUGCUGAGGCAGCCCUGGCUAUUCAGAUGGGAAAUACUCAGUCAUAUCUUUGUGGUAAACAAAUUAAGUGCUCUUGGGGUAGCAAGCCGACACCACCAGGAACAACUUCAAACCCACUCCCCCCACCUGCAGCUGCACCUUUACCUGGCCUUUCUGCCACUGAUAUUUUGGCCUAUGAGCGGCAACUAGCGAUGAGCAAAAUGGGUGGAGUUCAUGCUCUUAUGCACCCUCAGGGGCAGCACCCUCUUAAGCAGGCAGCGAUGGGCAUGGGUGCUGCUGGAGCAAGCCAGGCUAUAUAUGAUGGUGGGUUCCAGAAUGUUGCUGCUGCUCAGCAGCUCAUGUACUACCAGUAAUAUACGCAAUGAGAGUUUGGUUAUAUGGUGAUAUCCUUAUAUCCUGCUUUCUGCAGAAUUUCUUUCAGUUUGUAAUCCUCUAGGAAGCUUUAUAUUAUCUUCUUCUUUUUACCCCGUUCUCCAACGGUGAGGUUGUUACCCAAUAUCAUUUCAUAUGCUUGCUUUCUGUUUCGAUAUUUGUAUCAUGAUGUAUGUUUUGUGUUUUCUACUUUGUAGUGAUGAUGAGUGAUUAAUGAUAUUAUUAGAGGGAAUACAAACCGUAGUCUCGUUUAAGGCUUUUCAGUUCA